AUGACUCUUCUCAACUUGGUUUUGGCCGGCACUUUUUUCGUUUCUUCUGUCAUCGCGGCCAUUGAAACCACCGAAUAUGAGCUCAAGCACAAAGGAGACAAGUUUGUGGAGAUCCUGAUGCCCACUUAUGAACGUAGGUCUCCACCUACGAACACACGGAAUCUACGAAAAUUUCAGAAAAUCUCCGAAAAGUCCAUCAGUCCAAGAAAAUCUAUGAGAAUUUGGAUAUUGACUCCAGUGAUAUUGUCGAAUUCCAGCGGCCAGCAACGAUGAAUAAAUAUUUGAUGUUGAAUGGAGAAACGUUCCAAAACUUGCAACUGAGCAAAGGAAUGUCAAGGUUUUUGAUUACGGUAAGUUCAAUAAAUAGUCUGUCGGGGAAAUAAUGGGCACAAUGUCGCUGCGUUGUUGAGGUGAAAAACAAUUUGAUUUUCAUGUGAUUUUAGACGUGACAUUGUGCACAUUAUUUUCCCGACAGGCUGAUAUAACGAAGAAAUAUUUUUGCCCUUUGCGAUUUCGAUUUUCAGCUACUGAAGGCGGCGUUUUCCAUGCCGUCAAGAAAAGAGAUCAACGAGUCCAUCGAUGAAUAUAAAAAAUUGAGCCUCAAGGAGAAGAAUUUGCUGCUGAGGGCAGCGCCCGAAGAGUUUCGAAAAAUACAAGGUAAGAAAGAGAAAGUAUUACAGUUCGGAAAUAUUAGAUGCAUUUUUGGGUACUGUCAGUCUGUCGGGAAAAUCAUGAGGACAAUGUCGCUUCGAAAAUUGCAUCUUCGGUUUUCGAAGCGUUAUUGUGCCCGCACAGACUGAUAAUUGGUCCCCUCUUUCUCAACCUUGUCUCAAAAUCUAAUCCUAGACCUCCAAUAGUCCUAAAAUUUGAUCUUGCCGCGACAGAUUCAUUUUAUUAGCGAUUCGAUUGUCGCAGUGACACUACACUCAUUAUUUUCCCGACAGACUGCUUUGUGAAUUAAUGCAAAGGAAGAGAAGAUUCGGACUUUCGACGCCAAUUUUUUAAAGAUUAGUUUGUGGUUUUGAUCAGUCUGUCGGGAAAAUACUGAGCGAUCAGUUUGAAAAUCGCAUAGCCGCCGAGAAAAUGAAUGACAGAAUCAAAUUUUUUUUCACUUCCGCGAUGCGAUCGGCGCAGCGGCAUUACGCUCAUUAUUUUCCAGACAGAGAGAUAAUUACGAUUUCCGUUGAUCUUUAUAUUCAAUUGCAGACAUCUCCAAGAGGAAACCGUUCGAUUUGAAGGAUUGA